UGCCUCAUAUAUAUAAAAUGAGGAAGAAGAUUGUAGCCCAAAACCCUAAUCAGAAGGAGCUUUAAGCCGCUAGUGCAAGUGUUCUUAUCGGCCGCAGCAAACCUUCUCAUUAUCGAAGAUGAAGUUCAACAUCGCUGACCCUAAAACGGGAUGCCAAAAGAAGCUCGAAAUCGACGAUGACCAGAAGCUCCGAGCAUUUUUUGACAAAAGGAUCUCCCAGGAAGUCAGUGGUGAUUCUCUUGGGGAGGAAUUUAAGGGCUAUGUUUUCAAAAUUAUGGGAGGCUGUGACAAGCAAGGUUUCCCAAUGAAGCAGGGAGUUUUGACCCCUGGUCGUGUCCGCCUCUUGCUUCAUAGAGGUACUCCUUGCUUCCGUGGUUAUGGAAGGCGUGAUGGAGAGAGGAGAAGGAAGUCUGUACGUGGGUGCAUUGUCAGCCAAGACCUUUCUGUUUUGAACUUGGUAAUUGUGAAGAAGGGUGAUAAUGAUCUUCCUGGAUUGACCGACACAGAGAAACCUAGGAUGAGAGGUCCCAAGAGGGCAUCCAAGAUUCGCAAGCUCUUUGCUCUCUCGAAGGAGGAUGAUGUACGGAAGUAUGUGAACACUUACCGUAGAUCAUUUACAACCAAAUCUGGGAAGAAGGUCAGUAAAGCUCCCAAGAUUCAGAGGUUGGUUACUCCCCUGACCUUGCAGAGGAAGAGAGCAAAGAUCGCUGAAAAGAAGAAGAGAGUUGCAAAGGCAAAGGCUGAGGCUGUUGAAUACCAGAAGCUCCUUGCCACCAGAUUGAAGGAGCAAAGAGAACGCCGCAGUGAGAGUUUGGCCAAGAAAAGGUCCAGGCUUUCUGCUGCUUCUAAGCCAUCAGUUUCUGCUUAGGUCCAUUGAAUCAUUAGAAUAUCGUUAAACAUGUCUGUCUCUGAAUUAUUUUUGAUAUGAUUUUCCGUAAUUUGAGUUACGAGUACUUGUUGAAAGUACUUAGUGGAACGAUGUUGUUAAGUUUAUUGGAUGUUGAAUCUUGACUUGGAUCACUUUUUGUUUUCAUUAAAUGUACGAGGUUUUCUAAUGGGAGAGAUUUAAUGAUUUUUGGUA